AUGGCUUCAAGGUUACUUCGCGGAGUUGGAGCUUUGGCCACUCAGGCCUUAAGAACCCGCUGUCCCAAUGGGGUCACCACAGUGCGCUCGAUGGCGUCUGGAGGUGGUGUCCCUACUGACGAUGAACAGGCCACCGGAAUGGAGAGGGAGGUCAUGAUGGCUGCAUGGAAAGAGCAGGAUCCAUACAAUAUGCUUGCUCCAAAGGCAGCAGCAGGCAUCAAGGACAACCCUAAUUUAGUCCCCGCCAUCACCAACAAGCGAAUUGUGGGCUGCAUCUGUGAAGAAGACAACAGUGCUGUUAUCUGGUUUGGGCUGCACAAAGGUGAUGCCCAGCAGUGCCCUAACUGUGGAACCCAUUGCAAGCUGGUGCCUCAUCAGUUAGCUCACUGA